GCUGAGAGCUGUCCCCACCAGGGGGAAAAUGGGCCUUAGUCCUACAAUCACAAGGACCAGGAUUCUGCAUGGAAGCAGGAAUCUUGCUCAGAGCUGCCGGAUAAGAGACCAGCCCAGCCCACACCUUGACUUGAGUUUGGCCUUGUGAAGCCCUCAGCUGAGAAUUCAGUUGAACCUACCUUGACUUCUGACCUACAGAUAAUAAACAGGUGUUAUCUUAAAUUGCUAUGUUUGUGGUAAUUUGUUAUGCAGCAAUAGAGAACAAAUAUAGCAUCUGUCUGUGGAGGGACAUUUUAUCCCCAUUUUCUAAGUGAGGAGGCCCAGAGGGGUGCCAUCGUUUGCCCAGGACUGCAUAGCGCACUAGUGGUAGGGCUGGGCCAGCGGCUACAGCAGAGGCUGGAAACACUGUCUGUAAAGGUCCAGACAAUUAAUAUUUUAGGCUUUAGGGGUCAUAUGGUUUCUGCACUUAGGGAAAUGUUUUUCUCCCUUUAAGCGCUGGAGACUGGUUUUUAUCUGUGAAGGGGGACAUUCUGAUUUCUUUUAACUUAUUGAUCAUUUCUGCAAUGUCCAGCUAUUUCUUUUUAUUGGAAAAAAGGUAGAGAAGGCAGUGAUUUUACUUCUGUGAGCGUGCCCAGGGCUCUGAUGGAUGAAUCUGUAAAGUCCUGUGGGAGCUUGGAAGAGGGACCAGAUAAUUCUUCUUUGGGACACUGAGGAGACAUCACCCAGAGAAGGUGACCUGUGACCUGUAUUAAGGGAAGUGUAUGAGCUCACCAGGUGAAGCUGGUAAAAGGGAGGGCCUUUGUAGCAAAGGUGUGGUAUUGUGCUUGGGACACAGUGGACAGUAGUUCAGGAGUGGCAUGGGAGGAGUGCAGGAAAUGAAGCUGGUGUCGUUAUUCUGAGGGCAGCGGGAAGCACUGAAAAGUUUAGGCAGGGGAGGGACUUACUGGGAUGCUGCUUUGGAAGCUCAAGCUGGUGCCUGAUGAUGGCAGAGAGCCUGAAGUCAGAGAGGCCAGCAAGGGGUGGGUAGCAGCAGCCCAGGCGGUAAAUGAGGAAGGGCCAGUGUGGCAAAAAAGGAGAAGUACAUGUGGGUGUGGAAGAUUCAGGCGGAUGUGGAUUUCAGCACUUACUCUGCCACUCCCCACGCCCAGCCCCCCACUUAUCAGCUGUGUGACCCUGAGAAGGUAUCAAUAUUUCUCUCUCAGCCUUGAUGAAUUGACUGAAGUGACAGUUAAAUGGGAAAAGCACUGACUGGUGACGUCCAGUAAGUGGGUGCAAGUGGUAGUCCCCUCCCCCACACCUGGAGGCAAAGGCUGGUGACCCAUUUUCUGCUCUGAGUUGCCCGGUGGUGCCGGGGAAAGCCUGAGGCUGAUUGUUCAGAAAGGACCUGCAAGUAUUCCCAAGCCUGCAUGGUCCCCACAGUGCCUGGGCAUCAUGGCAGACUUCGGGGGCUGGGACCAGAGCCCCCAAAAGUGGGGAAGAGGAAGAUGGAGCCAGAAGAACUGGACCAGAUCCUCAGGUUCGAAUCAACACCCGGUCCCAGUCUCCUCUGGUCCUGGCUCUGCUGGGUCUGGCUGGGCCCUGCACCAAGUCACAUCUGGUCCCUGCCCUCAGGGUGGUCCCCAUCAACUAGGGGAGAUUCACAAACUGAACCAUCCUGUAAUACGAGAGCGUACCCAAGCCAGCUCCUCAUAGGUAAGGUCUUACUAAACUAUGAGGCCCUCAUAGCUACCCUGGGAAGGAGGUACCAUUGUCUCCAUUUUAUAGAUAAGGAAACAGCAGCUUAAAGAGAAGGACGUGGCCAGAAUCUUCCGGCCUGGAAGUGGCUGAGUCAGGACAGAAGUUACAACCAGGCCACCACCUCCAGGGCGUGAGUGUCCAGCCUGGGCCAGGGGACUCGGGUUCCAGCAGGGUCAGGUGUGUGCCCAGGCCCUGAUCGCAACCUUAUCAGCCUGUGACCUGUGACCCUGGGGAAGGAGCGUCUGGGUCAGUGAGGGGCCCACACCGGCAUGGAUGCCUGCCCCUGGAGAAAUGGGUGGAGCUGACAGCUUCACGGCCUCCAGAUGCUCACUCAUAUCCCCCCUGAGCAGGCCCACAGGGGCACCGAGAAGGCUGCUUGUCCCCACCUCCAGAUUAAGCAGAGCAAAGCUGAAGGAGGGCCUGGUUUGAGGUCUACCUGAUCCCUAUCUCAGCUCAGCCACUUGUGAGUUCUUUAGACUUGCACAGGCCCUUGCCCCUCUCUGAGCCUCAGUUUUCUGUCUGUAAAAUGGGAACGCUUACAUAGACCACACACACAGUGAAGAUGAAAUGAGAUAACAUGUAAAAGGACCUCACCGGUCAGAGGAGUCAGUGCUUAGAGAAUGCUAAAACUCUCAGGUGGCAUAUUUCCUGCGAGACAAGGAGUUUAAAAAUUGGGGGUCUGGGCCCUGGCGCUGACCUGCUCUGUGACUCUGAGACAGUGGUUCCCCCUCGCUGAGCUUCAGAUCUCCACUGGACAGGCUGCUCUGACCUCCCCGUGUCCCUGGGUUGGUCGGGGAGUUGGUCGCCACCGGCUCAGUGGGGAAUCCUUGGCCGUGGCUGAGGGGAAUCCGCCCAGUCCCCUGGCUUGUUGGAGCAGCAGGACGAAACAUAAACAAAACCCAGACCCCAGCUGGUCCGGAACCACCUGCCUUUGACCCACAUGAAAUUGUCGAGGUUUUACCUGCCUGUGACUUCGCCCAGCCUUUGCACAUGCUGGAUGCUGCCACCCCAUUCCUACCUUCUACAACAGGUGUCCUCCCAGAGAAGACUUCACACGAGCACACACGAUGACCCUUCUCCAGGCUCCUAAAUCACCUGUCCAUAAAAUCGGCCUCCUGCCUGCACUUGUGAAAGGGCUGAGCUCUAUUAACCUGCUCAGCUUAACUCAUUCAAUCCCGGAAGACCUGUGAGCUGGGGUCCUCAGCCCUCCUUGGACACAGGAGGGAGUAGGUUCAGAGAGGUUAAGGUCACACAGGAGGUGGGAGGCCCUGCUCUCAAGCCCCCCUCUCCUGGCCUCUCACUGCCUGGGUCAGUGACUUCACUCGUUUAGAGGCUGGGGAAGCACUUAAAUGCCUUCUGUUAUUUCAGAGAACGCCUUCCUCCUGGGGAUGUGAGAGCCUGGAGGGCCCGGGAGGGCUUGCUGUCCGGUUGACUGCUGUGAGAAGAAAAAGCCAGUUGUCAAGGAGUAUGCGGUAAACAGUCAAGUAACUUUCCCUCCUUGGGCCUCAGUUUCCCUUCCUGUAGAAUGGGAGUGAGGAGGCCUGGGCUUCACAGCCCUCUCAGACUGAGCGCCGAUGGCUCUCGGAAGAGUUCGUGUCCGGUUCCCAAGCCCGCCCCCGUGGAGUAGGGGGGGCGGGAUGGCCCCAAGGACUGCGGGUUCCCGACAGUUCCAGGGAGGUUCCGGUUAAGGGCUCCCCCCGCACUGGGAAACCCCGACCUCCGCCAGCCCAGGUCGCGCUGUCGCUUUAAGGUCGGGCGCGGCACCUGGAGCCGCCUGGAGCCGCGCCGCCCUGGAGUCUCCGCAGGCCCUGCGGCCGCGAGGACGCAGAUCCGAGGAGAGGUGGGGCCGGCCGCGCCCUGAGCCCGAGCCCAGGGUCCCGGAGGCAGUCGGCCAAGCCCGAAGCGUGGGCGGGAGCCAGGAGGUGAUCAUCACCGGUGUCGACAGCGAACCCGGACCCACGCGCCCCUCGGCGCCCCCGCCCGGUGGCCGAACCCCUGCGCGGUGAAGCGGGCUCUGCACCGCUCCCACCGGGUCGGGGCGGCGAUCGGACGGGGCGCACGGCGGCGGACGAGACGCCCUGGACCAGACCCGGAGCCGGACCGUAGCGCUUCUGCGGGCUCGGAGAGCUGGGCUGGGGGACGGUCGCCGGGCCGCCCCUAACGCUGGGCGCCCCCUGCAGACCAGAGAGACCGCCCUUCCCAGGUUCGCUCUGCCCACGGGCGCGACAACCAUCAUGCCUUCACGUGACUCCGCUCGGCUCGCCAGGCUCCCCGCUCCGGGACCACGCCUGACCCUGCAGCGCGAUGGCUGCGCGCAAGACGUGUGACAGGGGCCGUGUGGCCUCCACCCUGUGCUACUGCAUGACGGUCACUGGCAUGGUCGUUCUGGUGGCCGGGACACUCUGCUUCGCCUGGUGGAGUGAAGAAGAUGCAGGUGCCCAGCCCAGCCAGCCGGCUCUGCCCACAGCACGCCCUGAGCCUGAGGCCCCCGGUCCCCUGUUCAGGUCGGUCAGCUUCUUCUGCUGCGGUGCAGGUGGCCUGCUGCUGCUCCUCAGCCUGCUGUGGUCUGUCAAGGCCAGCACCAAGGGGCCGCCUCGAUGGGACUCAUAUCACCUCUCCAGAGACCUGUACUACCUCACUGUGGAGCCCUUGGAGGAGAGCUGCAGGACCCCAGAGGUGGUUGCCAUCCCCACUUACGAGGAGGUCAUGCACUGCCGACUGGCUGAGGGGCCCCUGACACCACCUGCAUACCCUGUGGAGGAAGACCCGGAGCGCAGUGCCUCGGGGGAUGCCCUGCUUGGGGCCCAGCCCCCCUUGCCUCCGCCCAGCUACGAGAGCCUCAUCCUUGCUGAUGGUGGCUUCUCUGGAGAGACAACACCUGGGGCUGCAUGCUCCUGCCCAGGCCCGGUUCAGACUGCAGGGGAGGAAGUUAAAGGCUUCUAGCGGGCCUGGAAGCCAGAAACAGAUGAUGGGCUUCUUCUAGCGUCUGGUACAGUGCCUGGUACACAACAGGCACUCAAUGUUGCUGAAUGCUGUUUUAUUUUUCUAUUGCCGUGUAACAAAUGGCUUGAAAUAAAUCCAUUUCAUUCUC